AUGUCACAAAAAAUCAAAAUUUUAUCAACAUCAACUUAGCAACCAAGCAAUGAUGAAAAAAAUGAUUUCUGUAGUGUAUUUUUGGGAUUUGAUUCAAAAGACUAGAAAAAUGCUAGUAUCCUUAAUUAAGAAGAUGCGGAAAAUGAUUUUCAUCAAUUUUUAGAGCAUCCGAACACUUCAAAGUCUUAGAAGGAUGAUAAAAAUUAUAGAGAUCUAGUUUUGAAUCAACUUUAAGGUUAAGAUGGUUCAACUCAAUUUAAGCAAAAUCUUUUAGAAAAUUAAAGUAAUCAAAAUUCUGGAGCAAUAGCUUUAGAAGAUAAUUACAAUCAAUAUUCUAAUAAUUUAAAUGAAUAUAUUACUCAUUAUAAUUGUCAAAAAUCUAAUUAGAUAUCAUAAAAUUUUAAUAAUAAUCCUGAUGCUUAUUAUGAAGAUUAUGGAGGUGUUUAAAACAUAUAAGAAUUUAAAGAUCCAAUUUAUUAUUAAGAUAAUGAGAAUAAAGAAUUAAAUAUAUAUGAAAGAUAUUAUAGAGAUGAAAAGUGUCCUUAUUUGUAACCAAUUCAAGUAAAAUAAUUGGAUUAAGAUGGAGUAAAAUUUUAUUUCUAUCUAGAUGAUUUAUAAUUAAUAAAAUAUUUAAUGGAAUUAAGAUGAAGGAGAACCUUAUAUUUAAUAAUAAAAUGAUGAAAUUAUAAACUAAGAUGAUGGAUAAAUUAAAAAGAAAAAAAAUAAAAGAGGAAAUCGAAAGAAUAAGAAUAAAAAAAGGGAAUCUAACAAUGAAUAAGAGGAUGAAUAGCAAAUUAAUCAUGAGUAACAAUUAUAGUAAAAAGUUAUUCAGGAUAAUAAUACAGAAAAUACCAAUUAAUUUGAUAAUGGAAAUAUAGAAGAGCUUGAUGAUGCUGUUAGUGAUGAAUUUAAAAUAAAAAUUACUAAUUUUAUAGAAUAAAAUAAUAAUACUAAAAUUAGUUUGACUAAAACAAUUUAUGGGAAUCAGAAAUAGUCUAUUAAAAUAAUUGAAAUAAUAGAUUACGAAAAUCAAAUUUAAAAGUUAUGUAAAUAAUUUUCUAAUCUAAAAUAUUCUGAAAUUGCAUUAUCAUUAUAAUUGAUAGUUAAUUUUGAAAAUUGUUAAUAAUUUUUAUAAACUCUUAAACCUAAAGAAGAAAAACUUAUAUUAAGAGAAAUAAAUUAAUUAAUAAUAGAUGAAUAAAAAGCUAUUGAAAGCAAAAACAAAGAUGAAUUAACAAAAUCUCAAUAUAAAAUAGAAGAAUUUAAAAAAGUUAAUUAAAUUCAAAAUAUUGAAGGAUAAUCAUUAUAUUAAACAGCAAUAAAAAUAAUAGAAUAAAAGAAUUUUAAAUUUGAUAUUAAAAAAGUAUUAUUUUAUCUAUUUUGAUAGUGUGAUUAAUAAACUAAAUAAUAAAAAAAGACUGAUUUUGAAUUAAAUCGAAAUUAAGUUAUUGCUAUAAAUAAUCAAAAAGCUAAAGUAAUAAAAUAAUAUUAAAGUAAGAAUAUAUAAUAAAUUUUAAAGCUUGUAAUAUAAAUGAAAAUUAAUGUAAUUAACAAUUACAAUAAAUAAGAUUGGAAAAGAAAAAAUUAGAGAAAAUAGGUAGAGAUUUAUUUCUUGAUUUAAUGGUUAUUGAUGAUAAUGGAUUUUGUAGAAUUGAUUUUCAUAAGUUCUUUUCUGCUGAAAUUGAAAAUAUACUUGAUGGAGUAUUUGAGAAAAUUGAAUCAUAUAAACUUUGCAAUUAAUAAAAAUAAAUAAAAUUGCUAAUAAUAGUAGGGAAAGGUAUAAAAUUUUAUACAAAUUUAUAGGUUUACAUUCAAUAAAUUAAAAACCUAUCAUAGGUCCAAUUACAAAAUAAUAUAUAUAGUAGUACCUUAAACAAUAAGUGGAAAUAAUAGAAGGGAAAAUAGAUGUUAUCAUUUGAAUCUUAAAUCUUUUAUAAAAAUAUAUAUAUAUUAUCAGUAUUUAUAAGAAUAAAAUAGUAUGUCUAAUCUUUAAUAUUCUAUUAGUUUGAUUAACUCCAAUCAUAAAGUAAAGUAAUUUUGAGAAUAAUUUAAUAAUAAAUUAUGAUUGAACUUUUUUUAAGACUUUUGUUACACUCUCUUUCCUAUUGGACGAUUUACAUAAUCAUUAUAAACCUUUGUUCUAUAUAUGAAUCAAAAUUAUCACUAUUAGAGUUCUCGACUCCUACUACUUAUGAACUAAUUUAUUUAAGUUUUAGUACAAUAUUAACAAUAAAAUGGUAUUUAAUUAAAUUUUUGUUCAACUUACUUUUUUAUUUGAUAUCAAUAUUUUUGGUCAUUGUCUAGCACUUUUUAACAUAUAUUCCAUCUAUAAUUUCAGAAUUAAAUACAUGGUUUUUAAUUAUUAGCACUGUAUGUAUAAUUAUCAUUCUGAUUACUAAUUGUAAAUUUGGAGAUUAUGAGGAUAAAUAUCAACAGGUCUAAUAUGAAAAUUAUUAAGUAAAUCAUAAGUUUCCAGAGAAUAAUUUUUAAAAUUAUUACUUUGCAUAAAAUAAUGAUUUAUAUAAAACAAGAGGAAAUUUGUAUUCAAAAUAGUAGACUAAAAGUUAUUCAUAAAAUAAAAGAUAAUAAUCUUAAAAUACAUAAAUUGAAAAAGAGGAAAGGAAAAAAUUAAUUUAAAAAUUAAAUGAAAAUAGAGUAGAGAUGAAACUAUUAUAAUAAAAUAAAGGAGAGAUCUUUUAAUAAAAAAAGGAGAAAGAAAUAAAAAGAUUUGUAAUUAAAGAUGCUUUAUAAAUUUGUAUCUAAAAAAUAGAAAUCCUUUAAGAGGAGGGUAAGGAACUAUUUCUUAAACUUAUAAAUAUUUAAGAUGGUAUUUGCAGAGUAGAUUUUCACAAUUUUUAUAAAGUUGAAAUAAAAGCUCUUUUGGAUGGAUUACUUGAGCAAAUUCGAUUAUAUAAAGAUAGAUUGGGUUAUAAAUAUGUUAAACUUAAAAUAAUUGUUGGGAAAGGUAAAUUAUAUCUAUAUAUUGUAGGUAAUCAUUCGAAAAAUGGUAUACCUGUUAUUGGACCAUAGACUUAAGAAUAUCUUAAAGAAUACUUAUAGGAGGAAGUAGAAAUAAAAAAUGGGUUUAUAGAGGUAUAAGUUUGA